AAUUUAGAAGGCUGUAUUCUGACUAAAUGUUCUACCCCUGGGGGUUAUGUUGGUUUUUUAUCUGCAUUUUCUCUUCAUUAGACCAACCAUCCACUACCGCGGCUGCUCUAUGUAUCAAAGCUAGAGAACGUGACUUAACUGAUUCAACAGUUCUGAGGAAUAUGGGUGAAGGUUUAGGGCAUUCUCUUCUUGCGUACAGAAGUGCAUUACAGGGAAUAUCAAAGCUGCAGGUUAAUGAAGCUUCUUUGUUUGAAGACUUGAAUGAGUCAUGGGAGGUGCUUGCGGAACCAAUACAGACUGUUGAAGGCCAAACAGAGGAAGUUAUUUUUGACCAUUUGCAUGCAACUGCUUUCCAACACAUGCCUUUAGGCAGAACCAUUCUUGGUCCUCCUCAAAAUGUCAGGACAAUCACCAAAGAUCAUUUUCAAAAGUAUAUAUCGACACGCUAUACUACAUCCAGAAUGGUAAUUUUUGCUUCUGGAGUGUGAAGCAUGAGGACCUUGUUGAGCAAGUGAAGAAGUUGUUUACCAAAUUGUCAUCGGAUCCAACCGCGACUUCUAAAUUAGUUGCCAAAGGGCCAG